CCCUCCCACCAUUAGAAGAUUAAAUAACUGCAAGUUAAAAGAGAGGAAAGAAAAACUAAAAAGAAUCGUUAUUUUUCUGUCUAUUGUUUGGUGCCCGAGAAAAUCCAAGAAAACUGAAAAAGAAGAAGAUUGUUGACACAAGUGAAGAGCUCAACUGAAAUAAAACUGAAUUGAACAUGGACAUAGCGAGACGUCAGGCUCGGAUCAAUCAGCUUGUGAGGGAGAUGCUUGUUGAGGGACUUUUGAAUGAUCAUUUCCAUCUAGUUCAAGCAAUACGAGUGGCCGGUGAUUUUCAGUUUGUUGCAAAAAUUAUCCUCCUUUACUGCACUCAAAUUAGGACGAACAUCAGAGCUAUUGCCAACUAUCUGACAGAACCUAACAUUGACUAUGCAGGAGCGGCUGUUUGUGCUGGCCACCUUGGAAUAUGUAGUUUAUUGGAGCCCAAUCCAUACAACAUGCUUGUCGUCUCUUUAUGCAGGCCUGUGCACAUAGAUCUAGGGAUCAAUGUGUGGGAGUGUUCUACAUGUUGCGUGGUGAAUGUUCUCGUCUUCUCCCCAAAUUCUUGGAAGUCCUCCAGCAAGCUGGAGCAGGAGAAUCUCAUGGGACUUGAUCCUAUAACCUGCCAUUAUUGGGAGUAGUGAUGAUACAUUCCAGCCCAUAUCCUAACAGUUUAAGCUUUUAGGUGUGUUGGUUGUUCAAUCCUAACAAUUUCUCCUACCAUUCACCUCCACCAUUGUUUCUUCUCAUGUGGGUAUGGAGUAUCGCGUAAGGGAGGAUGUUACCCUGGAAUAAACUUUUUUUAUUUUCCUUAUGUUACAGUUUCUGGAUUUGGAGAUUGCAAAAAUCAUUUUAGUCUAAUUCUUGCGAAAUUGAAGGAAUGUAGCUAAAAGUGUCUUAUUCUUCUGAAGGUCCUAAUGCCUCACCUACUACUGCUAGCUUUUUGGUAAUCUUGAUAAAACAUUGAGUUGCGGUGAAAAGGAAGCAAUUAAAUAAAUUACACAGGUCCAAAUGACUUCCAAUGUGGACUGCAGUUACAUAGGGAUGCUAUGGUUGCAGAAAUUUUAAAACCUUGUGGGAAUGCUUUUGGAAUCAAGUGUUGAAAACUGUUGGAGCAUGGCAAAUAAGCACAUUGAAAAUAAUUAGGGCAAGAUCUCAAGUCUUGCAAUCCAACUGAAGAUAUUGCAAUUUAUUUCAUCUUCUUUUCUGUAGAUCCAGGAAAAAAGGGACAUUUUUAUUGUUCAAAACAAAUGUGUAGGCAGAAUUUUUGUGCAUAUACUUGGUUGAGUGACAUCUUCAAUUGAUAUGUUAGUAUAGUCUGCUGCUUUAUGUCCUUUCAAUAUUUUCAAGACCUUCAUUUUCUUACUUUUCCAUUUAUGGGGUGGAUUUGAUCCAAUGACUCCAUUAUUGGCAUCAUGUG